UGUUAUUGAGAGGAUCUUGCAGGCCAUGUGUUUGCUUGAAACACUUCAUUUCAGUGGCUUGCAAAAUUAUUAUUUCUCAAAGAUUUUCACAUCCUGUCUUGUUUCAAAACCAAUUUGCAAUGUACUGCAGUGGGGUUUUAUUUGGUAGACUGACACAGAGUAGCACAGUUUAUUUUCAGUGGCCAACAUUUUUGUUUCUAAAGUGAUUUUAUAAAUAAAGGUAGAACGGAAGUUAUUCCUGACAUUGUGUUGUACACCUAGCUUUGUUUUUGUGCAUAGGCUGAUUGAUUCCCUCUUGUUUUGAUUGAAACCUAAUCUUAUAACGUUGUGUGUCUUUCUCAUAUUUUAAUUUUUUUUCUCUUUUUUUUUGCUCUCUGCAUCACAGUAAAUUUAAAAGAAGCAUCCCAUGCAAGCACAAUAACCGCCCCCCUGGGAAAAACAAUUAGGCGGUUGGACAGUCUGAAAUUGUACAAUGUAAACAAAGAAUUGAGACAAGAGAAUUUGACUCAAGUCAUUUAGGGAAUCUUGUUCAAUGUGAUGUGCAAUGUUUGCUUCCUGUCUUCCUGCAUUCUGCCUUAGGACCAAAACGUCCCGUUUUUGUUUAGUACAUUCUUCGAAAAACACAAAUAGCAAUGAACUGCAAAGACUCUUCAUGUAGCUUUUUUCAACAACAGCAAUAGUUCUGUUGAUAUAUUCUUGCACCUGAGCCAUGAAUCACUGCAGCUCUUCUAGAGUUACUUUAAACCAGUUGGCUGCUUCUUUCCUUUAUGCUUUUCUUUCCUGGCCUGCACGGCCGUGUUUUUGUAGUUUUGAAAAUGUACCACACAGUUUCAGUUUUUAGAUGAUAGAUUAAACAGUGCUCAGUUAGAUCUGAAAGGUUUGAGAUGUUGCUUUAUAAUAUCACAGCGUUUAAAACAUCUCCACGGAACAGCUAAAUGUAUAAGGAUGUUAAAUUACACAAAAGUGGAUUCCAUUCACCUAAUUGGCGAUUUCUAUAGAGAUAUUCACAGGGGACUGGAUACAAAUGGUAAUAAUAUUUUUCAGGCUUUUAUUUCUAAAACUUUUAAAAGCCAUUACCUUUUUGUAAGUAAUGUACUACUUUGUGUCGGUCUAUUCCAUAAAAUCUGAAUAAAAAUACCUUUUAAGUUUAAGGUUGUGAUGCGACAAAAUGUUAAAAAGUAUUUUCACAAGCCACUACAAAUGACAGAUGUAUGUUAAUUUGGUCUGUUUUUCUUUUAGAGACAUCAAAACUCUGAAUAUUUUCCUAACAAAAACCAACCUCAUGAAACUGGGAGAUUAUGGCCUUGCAAAGAAGCUAGACUCUGAGUUUUCAAUGGCAGAGACAUGUGUGGGAACUCCUUAUUACAUGUCACCUGAACUGUGCCAGGGUGCAAAGUACAACUUCAAGUCAGACAUUUGGGCCAUGGGAUGUGUCCUCUUUGAAGUCUUGACUCUUAGAAAGACAUUUGAUGCCACGAACCCUUUAAACCUCUGUGUUAAAAUCGUCCAAGGAAACUGGACUAUGGAUGUGAACACAGAUUGUUACACCAGUGGAUUGAUCCAGUUAGUGUACGAGUGCCUCAAUCAAGAUCCUACAAAGAGGCCAACAGCUGACGAAAUCCUGGACCAGCCUUUCAUCUCCUGCCUCCGACAGGAGCUUGAUGAGCGAGUUGUUAUGCUGAAUUCGGCAAUGAAGAAACCAAAGCUGAGCACAGUGAGUGAAACUCCUGUUGCCGUUGUGACGACACGCUCACGGGAGGUUUAUUACUGGGGAGGAGGGAAAUUCACCCCCCAGAAGCUCGACUCGUUCAAAGCUGGCAGCAGCCCCCAACACGUGUGUGCAGGAGAGAAUCAUUUUGCGGUGGUGACUGUGGAAAAGGAGCUGUACACAUGGGCUGAUGUGCAAGGAGGAGCAAAGAUGGUGGGCCAGCUGGGGCACGGGGACCAGGCGUCGUACCGGCAGCCGAAGAGGGUGGAGAAGCUUCAGGGGAAGGCAAUCCGGCAGGUUGCAUGUGGGGCCGACUUCACUGCCUGUGUAACGGACGAAGAUCAGCUGUACAUGUUCGGGUCAGACUAUUACGGCUGCAUUGGUGUUGAUCGUGAUAUGGGCAAUGAAAUUUUGGAGCCGGUGCUUCUGGUGUUUUUCGAGGAGCACCGUGUCCGCCAGGUUUCCUGUGGAGACAACCACGUUGUGGUGCUGACCCAGAACGGUAGCAUCUACUCAUGGGGCUGUGGAGAGUACGGGCGUCUUGGCCUUGAGUGUGAGGAUGAUUUCUCCUCUCCGAUGAAAGUGGAAGUUCCUAGAGGUGCCAGCAUUUCCUCAGUAUCAUGUGGCAGCGAUGGCACCUUCUUUCUAACAGAGAUGGGCAAAGUGUUGGCAUGUGGAAACAAUGAUUUCAACAAGCUGGGGUUGAACCAGGGCAUCUCUGGUAUCAAAAACCACUCAGGAGAGACUUACCAGGGGAUACCAUACAUCACCACUCUAACCUUGGUCAAACAGCUGUCCCGCUUCAAAAUCCAAGUCAUAGCUCCUGGGAAGACCCAUACAGCUGCCAUUGAUGAACGAGGUCGUCUGAUCACUUUUGGUUCCAACAAGUACGGGCAGCUAGGUGUGAAAGACUUCAAGCGGCACCAAGGUGUCCAGGUCCUUGUUGGACCAUUUGGAGGGAAGACUAUAAGCAAAGUGUCUUGUGGAGAUGGAUUCACCAUCACAGCCACUGAAGACAGCCAGAUCUUUGCAUGGGGAAAUGCAGGAAAUGGGAGACUUGGAAUGCCUGCAGAUAAAGGAUUUGGAUCCGAGGUUUGCCCUGCCAUGCCGAGGCCAAUAUUUGGUUCCCUUCACCAUGUACCUGACCUCUCCUGCCGUGGCUGGCAUACCAUUAUCAUAAUGGAAAAAGUGCUCAACUCGAAAACCAUCCGUUCAAACAGCAGUGGAAUAUCAAUUGGGCUUGGUCAGGAGACGUCGACGUCAAUGGAGGACCUGGACGUAGAGCUUGGAUUGGAAACAGAAUGUCGUGACGGUAGUCUUGGGGGAACUCGAGAAGUAAACACAGAGGACCUCCUGGAAGCACCAAUGAUGACAUUUGGAAACCAAACCGGGAACAGUUCUUGUCCUCUGUGGCUUAGAAAGGAACUUGAGGAUGCAGAGUUUAUCCCAAUGCCAGAUGAGUCUGAACAGUCUGAUCAAGGUCAGCUCGCCUCCUUUUCUAAAAGCGUAACUCGGCCGUAUGAAGAGCUGAAAGAACUCAAGGCAGCAGCAGAAGCUGUUACCAACGAGACAAGACGGAUGAGCUACGACAAAGUAAAAUGUUUGGAUGGGGGCACAAAUGGAGAAUAUGGUGCCUGCUGCAAAGCAAGCAGUGAGGUGGCUCAGCUGAAAGAAACACUUGCCCAUCAAGAGAAGAGGAUUGAGGUGCUUGAGAAACAGAUCAAGGAGCAGCAGAAGGAAAACGAACGGCUUUGGGCAGCAAUCAAUCGCUCCACGUUGCAGGAAAAAGAGCGAGACAGAAAUGGAAACCGUCGUUCUGAACCAAUGUCGAGCAAAGGAGGGAGUGGGAGAAGAUCUGGAUUCACAAAUCACGGCGGCAGAUCAGCUGGAGCCAGCGUGUGAGGUUAAAACCAGACACAUGAUGAUACAGUUUUACAUGAUGUAAUGUGUAUUACGUGCACACCUGCUUUCUCCGGGGUGUAUUGAUCCAGCUUGUUUCGGCAGACUGAAAUGUUGGCUGGAUUCAACAUGAACCACCAAAGCUUAAUAUCUGUGAGACAAUCUGACGAUAGGGUUGUCAGGCAGUCUGGAUGUCAGCUCUGCCUCUGAAAGGCUUCUGCACCGAGUCUUCAGUUAGUUGAGACUCAAAUAUUUGUGUUUAUUCACAUAACGGUGAAGACCAGCUCCUGCAACUGUUUGCUAAUGAAUCCCACGUGAGAAGGUGGGCAGCUUGUGUGAACGCAGGACUCUCUUAUAAAUCACAUAUUUUCACUGUGUGGAUUAUCUUCAGUGGCCUUAACAAUAUAGCCUCUUUAAAUAUAUAUAUUUAACAUCUUGCCUUUCAGUUAAAUAUAUAUUACUUCAAAACUUGCAUGUUCGGUUUAAAAAAAAAGAAUUGUGUGAAAACACAAUAAAACUACUGAUUUAUUUUUGUAACACAUUUAUGCCUCUUGAGUUCUUAAAUUCAGCAUGUGUCUGUUUACUUUGGGAGUUCUGAACACUUGAACAGUUUCUCUGAGCUUUAUGUGGUCCUUAUAACAUUUAUUUUACACCUGACCCUGCUAGAAGUUUUCCUUUGUUGCUUUUCAAGGCUAUUUUUCUUGCGUACUUUCUGAAUAUGUAUUGUACCCUUUCCUGCAUCAUUUAUAAAAGAACUGUUUCAUUGGGUUCUGUAUGUUAUUUGAUUUUAUUUGGAGAAGCUUGGGUUUGCUUUUGACAUGUAUGUACAGUAGGUCCACCCUCCAUUUCCUCUGGAGAUGGAGGAUUUUCAUCCGUUUGCAGGUGAUUCCUCAGAUCUUUUGGGAUCACCGUCUUGAUGUUGGUUUAAAUAAUUUUACCAUCUAGACUUGUUUUUUUGUUGUUGUUUCUAUUGUCAUUUUCUCUUCUUUUAAACAGCUGACAGUACCACUUUGCUUACUACAAUAUUGUCCUAAUAAUGCAAAGGACAGUGAAUUUUGGACCUUUCUAUCUAAUUUUACUUUUCUUUCUACAGCAGAUGUGUAGAAUUCAUAAAAUGCAUUUUUUUUUUUCUUAUUGUGUUUGCGUUUACUUUGAGCACUUUAUCUUGUAUCCUUUUGAAUUUCUAAGGAAAUAUUUUGUCAUGAAACUUAUGACCAUGGCUGUAUCUUUGUCUUCAAAGUUAAUAAACCCCAACUCAUGGGGAUGUGAGCUGUCUGCAGUGUACACUUGUGAUAUAUCUGUGCAGUAAACUGCAGCAACCCAAUGAAUUUAGAAAGUUUGCAGAUAUCACAAUACUGUCCCUUUGGUGAGAUGUUUUAUUUGGCUGUUUUAGCCUUUAAUGUUCUGACUAUUGUUGCUUCUGUCCAUUUAUAUUUCAUCAUGACUGUUUCUUUUGUUUUGUGUACAAGCGAGAAAUAAAUAAAAAAAGCUGCUUAAAACGGUAAAAAUUU